AAACCUAAUAAUUGAAAAUCAGAUUGUGAGUAACACCAUCUUCAAUGUGAGUAGCCAGGCAGAAAAGACACACAACUAUGCCGCAUUUUUCAAAACGAAAAGCUGCGAUUUCGGAAUUGAGCCCGAAUCAUAGCCACGUUAAUAAGGUUUGUAAUAAACUAAACCGUUUGUAAAUCAAUCAAGAAUUGAGCGAGUUAUGAGUGUUAAAGUGAGGAAAUCAUCCACCUUACCAUUGACUACAGUACAGUGCGCCAGAGCAGUCCCCUGUCCUAAGAUGGCCGCCAAGUGACGACGCUGCAGACUCCGUCUUGAGACAUCCAGUGUUUGUAUAUAUCUAUGUGUACAGCAGCUGAUCGGAGCAGAUCCUUUCAGAUCAUCGUUUCCGUUUUGGCCCCGUGAACGAGCAGAGCACCACCACUGACUGAGCAGGAACCUGCUGCGCGUGCGUGAGAGGCCUGUUUGUUGUGCUGGAGAGACCACCGAGGCCUGCGGACAAUGCUAAGCUAAACGGUAAUCGGGCUUCAUUAAUGUCAGCUGUCGGUGGACGAAGUGAACGGUGAGGGAAUAUCCUUCCAGCUCCGUGCGGCCAAACGCUGAAGGUCUGAGGGACAUGUGGAUCAUUGUUUAAGCCUGCUGUGAAUGUGCACAGAGUCGAUGCUGGAAUCCUGCGGAGCCUGUCUGCUGUUUACAGAGACAUUUUGCUAGCGCUCACGUCCAGCUGGAAGAUGUGGUUGAAACUGUUCUUCCUUCUCUUGUAUUUCAUAGUGUUAUUUAUGUUGGCGAGGAUUUUUGAGGCAGUGGUUUGGUAUGAGACUGGUAUGUUUGCUACCCAGCUUGUGGAUCCAGUAACUCUAAGUUACAAGAAGUUGAAGACCAUCCUGGAGUGUCGAGGGCUGGGAUAUUCUGGACUGGCUGAGAAGAAGGACGUCAGAGAGCUUGUGGAGAAAUCAGGUAAAGAUCGGGGCUGGAGUGUUUGUGAGGCAGCCUUAAGGAUACUGGAUACUCACAUCAUGUGAGUUCAGGCUCUGCUUUUAAAUAAGAUGAUGCAUUAAGUGCAUAAUUGCUAAAUUAUUUGGAGGCUCAGGUACGUCUGCAUUCACAAAGUGACUGCCAUCGUUUUGUCUGUAUUCAUAUCCACGGUGAGACAACAGCAGCAUUAAACUGUAAGAAAUGACACAAGGAGGACCCUUCCAUUUGGCGCGGUAAAAUUGGUUUUAUAUUCGACAUUCGCUUGUUUUUUCCGUUUCUAGCCUUAAUAGCCUCGCGAAAACCGCACCAAUUCCAGCCAGGUUGGUAUUAUUUUGUACAGUUAAGUCAGAGAGACAUUUCACUGUUGCCAUCAACUCACCAACCACAAUGAUUGUGGCG